AUCGAUCAGUGUGUCAAAGAUGCCGUCUGUGCAACUACAUACGCAGCCUCAAACCAAGGCAAAUGACUCACUGUCAAACCCCUUGCCGUCUUUGCUGCAGACGCCAUCUGGACUCGCCGUCCUCGAGAUUCAAGGCACCAUUCAUGGACCGUCCCUACAGUCAGAGCAACCGAUCACGGAGACACAGAACACCCGGAUCGGUCGAUUGGAGUUUCCGCUGUACACCUCUGCGGAACCAGCCGAAGGGAAGUGGAUGAAGAAAGUCUACCUCUACGUCGGCAAACAUCAACGAUUGACUGGAGAGAUCAAAAAGUUGGUGAAGCCUUUGGCCAUCAUCCGCAAAUUCGAUGGCACCGAGCAGCCCAACGGAAGCGAAGCUGCAGACGCCAGCGAGGGUCUGGAGGUUGUAGAUAUUGUCAAGUACAAGUUGCUCUUCAGUGGACGGCCGGAGCCUGUUGGUGAAUGAAGCAAUUCUAAAAAGUGGCAGGAAGUCGAACUGCGACGCUCAUCGAUGUGGACGGGUAACGACUUCUCGGCUCAAAGACGUGCAACGGGCCGUUGCAAGGCCACGGCAGGUGGCUCGACCAAUAUGUCUACUCAAGAAAUCUACGUGUCCUUGAGGGUGGCCUAACCCGGCG